AUGCCAUCAACACGGUCGAAACAAUCAAAAUCGAAACAACAACAAUACAAAUUACAACAACCAUACUCCUUCUCCUCAUCCUACCUCUUCUACCUCUAUCUCCGCCAAUUCUUCUGCCUAUUCCUCUUCGUCAUCUUCCUUCCCGUCGCCCCACUCGUUUUCCCCAGACUGACAGGGUGAGCCCGCUCACUCUGGCAGCCUGGAAUGUUCGUUCCCUUUUAGACAAUCCGAGGAGCAACCGACCGGAACGGAGGACGGCGCUAGUGGCCCGGGAACCGGCGCGCUACAAGGUGGACAUCGCGCACUCAGCGAGACCCGAUUCUCCGAACAAGGCCAACUGGAGGAGGUGGGUGCCGGCUACACCUUCUUCUGGAGUGGUCGACCCAAGGCAGAGCGACGGGACGCGGGUGUCGCCUUCGCCAUCCGGACCGACAUCGUGGGACGACUGCCCUGCUUGCAGCAGGGAAUCAACGACCGGCUGAUGAGCCUCCGCCUGCCUCUCCGACGGGGAGGCAAAUUCGCCACCAUCAUCAGUGCCUACGCUCCGCCGAUGAGCAGCCCCGACGCCACAGCGAGAGACAAGUUCUACGAGGACCUGCACGCCCUCCUGGCGACUGUGUCGAAGGCGGACAAGUUGAUUGUCCUUGGUGACUUCAACGCCCGCGUCGGCACAGACCACACGCCUGGAGGGGAGUGCUGGCUCCCCACGGUCUCCGCGGCCUCAACGACAACGGUCUGCUGCUGCUCCGCACCUGCGCAGAACACCGCCUCAUCCUGA